CGCAAAAAGACCAUCCAUCUCUGAGGUUAUUUCCAGGCACAACCUUUCACGAUUCAGGAACCUGGAUCCGACUCCUUCUGUUCCAGUUACUAUCAAGUAUUUUUUGAGUGUUAUUUCUGUGCUAUAUAAUCUUUUUCAUCUUGGUUCUUGUCGCCCGUGCCCUUGACUGAGAUGCAUGGUUGAAUCAAUGCCGCCAUGUCUGCAUUCUCAUGCCGAAUCCAACUCAGUCCGCCAGGCCAGCAGAGCCCACAGCUGCUACCCUCCCAGGCUCGGUGUCCCCUACCUCCUCAAGAGCUCCUUCGAUGUUCAAUCGAGACUUAGCCAAUUUCCAGAAAUCACUCCGGUGCCUGCGAUCCCGACGUCGAUCGCUCGGUGUCGAGACGAUAGCAGAUAUUUUUAUCCAAUCUCUGGUGGUUGCUGGAUUUUGUGCUGACCACAGCCCUCGAAGCCAUAUCUUUUCGGCUACGAACAAUAAGUCAAAGAGAUCAAGCUUUAGAUUUUGCUCGUCAAUUAUGCACCGUGAUCACCAGGAUAACUUCGAUCGGUCCUAUCUCCAGCAUCGCGCCUCCUCUCCUUUCCACGUGAAUAGGCACUCGAGACCAUUGAGUACCUACGCAACAAGGACCGACCAUAAAAUUGAUUAUGAUUUUGAAGAAUCACCAGAUGACGAUAUAAUUAGCCGUCGAAACACGCAAAGCGAGCUCAUGGCCACAACGAGAAGAGCAGACAGGAUUGAAGAUCGCCGCGUGGAUAUGGCCCCCCAAACUGGGGUGGCCACUAGAGAGAAGAAGAAACACACCCAGUAUGCUUCACAAAAAGGCGAACGAAAAAGAAUACGCGAAUCUUCGAAUGUGCCAGCUCUGAGCAAGAAUCCAGCCGUUACUCUGCAGUCUAGCUCGUCCAUAACAGAGCAUUUGAAGAAAAACCACGCAAAUACGUCAGAUAUAUCAAACGUUUUUAAGAGCAUGGUCAAAAAAGUGGAGUCCGGCCCACGUCACGAAGAUUUUGACCUCAACUCAUUCUUGACUGCCCUUGAUGACAAAACAAAAUCUAACCAAUUUGUUUUCAACUUAUAUAAGAAACUUCCACCACCUGGAGUUCUGCGCCUUUCAAAGCCUCAGAGAAGCAAGCUUCUGCGACGCUUUGCACAGCCCCCAGAUAGGCGUCGUUCUAAUGCUCGGUAUUACCUUUUCUUGAUACAGGAAAUGAUUGAUGCGGAACUCCCUUUAUCUCGAUCCCUGUGGACAUCCGCCAUCUAUUUCACAGCUCACAAAGUACCUGUUCUUCAAAAGAGGGAUUUACAAGAUGCCCUCGAACUUUGGCGCCGAAUGGAAAAGAUUAAUGGCAUACAGUCAGAUGACAUAGUAUUCGAACUUCUAUUUACUAUUGCUGUGAAGUCUGGCCAGUUUGCCGUGGCUGAUCGUUUAAUGGAAGAAAUGACAGCUCGAGGUAUACGUCAUACUCGUCACGGAAUGGUCUCCAAAAUCUAUUACUGUGGUCAAAAACAUGACAUUGAUGGCAUACACGAAGCUUUCGAAGAGUUUGUUCGAUCAGGUGAAGUCAUCGAUACGGCAGUCCUUAAUUGCCUGCUUUCGUCCUUGCUCCGAGCUGGACAAUUAGAUACAGCAGAGCAGCUAUAUUCUCGAAUGAUUCAGGAACACAAGAGAGUGUCUAAUGCCUUUCCCGAAGCACAGCAGAACACCAUUUCCCCCUCUCUAUCCUCCGAUUUCGGUACCUGGAGAAAGAAUGCCAAAAGACUCGGAUCAACUUUUGAAAGAUACGCCUCCCUUCAGAAGCGGCAUAGACAACAUGCAGAACAUGCAGAACAGCUACAGAAUGCUAUCCCGUUGGCACCUGAUACAAGAACAUUCUUCAUCCUUUUUGGCCAUCAUUGUCUUCUCACAGGUGACUUAAAAGCGAUAUGUGUGCUUAUCAGAGACAUGGAGCAAACCUUUCCCGUUCCGCCUAGAACAUUCAUUUAUUAUUUUCUAUUUCAAGCCUUUGCUCGCCACAAUGGGACAAAAGGCUGGACGAAAGAGAAGCUUCAAGAGGUGUGGAAGGCAUUCAGACGCGUGUUAUAUGAAUCUUAUACAAGACUCGAGCGACUCGAGAUUGAUGGCUCGUCGUUUACAAAAAUACACUGGGAGAAUCCGAUCAAAUCAAGCACCGAACUCCUACUGGACACUCCCGAUGAGAAUGAACCCGACGUGAGACCAGUCUCCGAGGAUAGCCCGGAAACAGAAGUUUCGAACGAUCUCAUGCAGGAGGAGGAAGAACUCUUGACCAUGUUUGAUAACGUGGGCCAUUACUGGGACUCCUCGUAUCUCGAUGAGAAUAUGCCACGACGACUAGAAAAUGCCGUGUUCCUUAGUCGGGAGCUCAACAUUGUCAUUCUCAAAGCUUUUGGCGCCCAUGCAGAAUCGGAAGAUGUGUUACACGUCUUCACGCAGAUCGAAAGGAUUUGGAAACCAUGGAAAAGACUCCCUUCAGAUGCCCAGGCAGUCAAGAAUGAAUUGCAGAGGCAACUGAUUAAGACUCAAAAGAAACGUCGACUGUGAGCGGUCUUGUUUAUGUAACGACCGAUGGUCAGGAGUCAGUUUGUAUGCCUCCAAUGACCGAGUCAACACUUGUACAAUCUUUAAACCCAUGUAAAUUUAUAUAUAUUUAUCCUUCAUAUAGAAUACAUCGCUCUAAUUUUCC